AUGGAACUUGAGGCUAAAUUUAAUUUUGCACAAAAUUAUCAAUUUAAAAGAUUAGUGAGGAAGAUUGGUAGAUACACAUUAGAUUUUGAAAAUAAAGUAUUUGAAUUACCAUUAAAGACUCGUAAAUAUCAAAUUAUCAGUUCAGAAAAUGAAGUGCAAAAUUAUGAUAACCAGCAAUUUAGUUUGGAAAUUGAAACAUAUUCACAAGAUGUUCUUAGUGAAGAUGAAUCAAAUAAAAGUCUCCUGCAAUUAUAUCUUGGUUUUAAAUUUACUACAUGGGAAGAUGUGGAUAGAUUUAUAGAAUUAUAUGGAAAAUGUAAAG